AUGCCAAUGUAUUUAUUUUUUCUAUAUUAUUUGAACGUUCUGAUAGAAGUGCUUUUGGGUAUAUACAUCUGUGGAUUUGAUUCUCCCCUUUUGUUCAAAUGCACGCCCGGUGGUAGCAGAAGAUGGAAGAGGACAUUGGCCGUUGCAUGCGCCGAAAGAGGCGACGACAUUUUAAACGACAAGGGGCUGUCCAUACUCCAAGUGGAAGAUAUGUGCAAGAAGAAAGACGCAAGUCUGUCAGAUAAAAUAUAUGGCUUAUCCCUGCAUGACACGAAAGAUCUAUUUGUGGAACUAACGAACUCUAUCAUGUACACGGAUUAUGAAGAGCAAGUGAAAACGGAAAAAAAUAUUUUUACAUGCACUCAGCGCACGUUAAAAUUUAUGAAGGAAAAUAUAAAAAAAAAAACGGAAGAAUUGAUCACUGGAGCUAGGAAAUAUAUCGAUGAGUUGUUCGGUAGUUACGACAUUUUGAACAAAAAAGAGUGGGAGUCUAUAUCUAAGUUGAAUUUAUUCUUAGACAUAAAUGGAGAGGAGGAUGUGUUGUUGAUAAAUGGAAGGGACAUAUUUUUUCACGUGAUGGGUGUAAAUUUCCCGAAGAAAAUUCCCCUAAAUACACAGGACGUGUUGGAAAAUAUUACUGAAUUGUUUAGACAUAACAAGAAUAUAUUUGAGCAGUAUGAAAAGAAAGUUCAUAAGAUUGAAAAGGACAUAAGAACAUAUUUAGGAACUGGAGGGAAGAGGUUUCCACUGAAUUAUACACAUUGGAAUAAUAGCUACAUUAAUAUUACGCAGAAUGUGGCAGUGAGAGCUUUUAUGGAUGAUUUAUACAACUAUUUUGAGCACCUAGAAAGGAAGUUAAUGUAUAACCCUAACAGAUUGACAAAGAUAGACAUAUCCUUCCUGGAUGGGACGCUAGAUGCAAUUGAUAAUAUUAUAAAAUCCACCAUUGAAUAUAAAACGGAGAAAUUAUUUGGUCUUUUAAAUAAUAUAUUUAAGGGAGAUUUAAGGUCCAUUUUGGGGUUUUUCACCUACCUAUUUGAUACAGAACGUAGGAAAAAUAAAAUUAUUUUAAAAACCAUUGCGAAGGAAAAGACGGGGGAUGAGUACGACAGUAACUUUCUAUUCGACGUCGAAUCGUUAUACGUGAGGGAAAAAGAAGACAUACAAAAUGCCUUGUCCAAAUUCAGCCAUUUUAUGAAGGUCAAUUUUGGGUUUGAUGUUGGCAGUCCAAGUGUUCACUUGCUCAAAAGUAAAAUAGAAGACGCGGUGGUACAGGAGCAGCAGCAGCAACAGCAAAUCAUGAAGCAUUUCAAAAAUAUCGUGCACGAAUUAUUGUGUAGACAACAAGUUAUCGAAUUUUUCACCCUUGUCAAUUCGCUGAAGGAAAACAGCAAAGGGAUCAGCCCCUGUUUUUGGAAAGUUUGGGGGUGUCUGACCGCCAAAAAUGACAAUUGCAUAUAUAUCAAAACGAAGAAGUUGAUUCAGCUGGUGUCCAAAUAUGCAGAAAUUAGAGAAAAAAACAAUUGCAAUAUUAAGCAAAAUGAUAGUGAAGAAAAUAUCUUAGAGCUGAUGAAGGAUAUAAAAAGCGCCUUCUACAGAUAUAGGAUUGCCAUUAAAAUAUUGUUCCUGCUGAUUGAGGAUUUGAAGUUGUCCAAGCAGCUUAAUGAAGAAUAUGAGAACCUCCUCAGGGAGAAGAAAGAAGCGCAGGAGGAAAAUUACGGUAUCACAGAGAAGGACAAGGAUAAAAUGGAUAAAAUGUACGAAAAAGCCAUCAACGAAUGGACCAGCAAAUUGGAGGCCAAGAAGAUGGCCAUAGAAUCGAACAAAAACGCCAUCAUAUUCUACCUCUGCUUAAUUAAGACAUUCAAACUUAGCUAG